UAUCGCCAUUCCUUCUCUCAUUAACGACUUAUACAUGUGCUCGUCAUGAAAAAGAAAAGCAAACAAUUUAAUGGAAGUCGUGAAAGCGCUGCACUUUGGCUUUAUUAAAUCCAAAGAGUAAAUAAUUUAUUAGUGGUAAUUAGUGCCCGUGGAUAUCAGCUGGUUCAUCCUUCUGUUUUAAACCCAAGAGAUCAAGCGAUAUUCCGACUGAACGAUUAAUCAUGCAUGACCAAGUUUUUUAUCUUUUUUUGCAUGACCAAGUUAAUAACCAUGCGGGAAGUUUUUGCUUCGCUUGAAAAUAAUUAAUAACUAACUUGAAAGUAGUUAGAGUCAUUCAAUUAACAAAGUUUGGUUGUAGAAUAAAAUGAACAUAAUCAAGCUCUCUUGUCUGCGUAUGGAUGCCCACUUCAUUAGACUUGACACAUGAUAUUAUAACAUUUGUUCUGACUUUAAUUGUUAGCUCAAACCCAAUUAAGUAGGUAAUAGUAAGAAGCAACAACUCCUCUUUCUCAGACCCUAACAAAUCAACUAACCUCAAUCUUAUAAUUAAUAAAUCCUAGUCAAUCACUUAUUAAUACAGUCACUAUAUAAAUAAUUGUCCAUCUCCCAUUUGUUUCCCACCAGAAGUACAAAUCAUUUCAACACACAAACAUAGACACAUUUCUUUUUAGUAUUUAAAUCCCAGUUGCAAGAGAGAAUGGCUAAUGAGUCUACCACCAUUGAAAUCGGCGAGUCGAGUACCAUGACCAAACGUACAAGCCAUGUCGUUGUGGACGAAAAGAAGAAGGGCUUUGUGGCAGCCACUGCAGGAGGCGGCUACAAGAGAGGUUUGGCUAUAUUCGAUUUCCUCCUACGUUUGGCGGCCAUAGUAACAACUAUCACGGCUUCCUCCGUCAUGUACACAGCCGAGGAGACGCUUCCCUUCUUUACUCAGUUCCUACAGUUCCAAGCCGGUUACGAUGACUUUGCCACAUUUCAGUUCUUUGUGAUAUCCAUAGCCAUGGUCGCUAGCUAUCUCGUCCUUUCACUUCCCUUCUCCAUCGUAUCUAUUAUCCGUCCACUUGCUGCCGCACCCCGGUUGAUCCUCCUCAUCUCCGAUACGGUAACUUCACUAACAAGCCUAUUCCAAAUUUUAUUACAAAAUUAUAGAUUUCAUAGAAACUCAUCCUCUUUUUUUGUUAUGGUGAAGGUGGUAGUGACACUUACCACAGCAGCGGCAGCAGCUGCUGCCGCAAUUGUCUACCUUGCACAUAACGGCAACCCAAACACCAAUUGGCUCCCCAUUUGUCAGCAGUUUGGUGACUUCUGCCAAGCGGUGAGUAGUGCAGUUGUAGCAGCUUCUAUCGCAGUUGUCUUCUUCAUCAUUCUCAUAGUGAUCUCAGCCAUUUCCCUAAAAAGGCAUUGAUUUUAUAUUUUUCUUCUGGUUAAGAUUGUAACGGACCUAUAGAUGUUCUUCUUGUGCUUGUUUGUGAAUGCCAUUGUGUGGGGAAAGUAAAUGGAGUUGUUUAUGUUUUAUUGUAAAGCUUUUGAUUCAUCUAGAAGCU